AUGUUAGAUGCUUAUUAUGGCCGUUGCACGAUCUUUUCCGACAAGGUCAAAUCCAUCCAGAAGCUUCGCCAACAGAAGAAACUCAGUAAGGAUGACAAGGAACUGAUCGACGCCAGGUGCACAGUUCUUAUGCUUAUUGCUGACAAUGCAAGCGAACAUGUGUUUCGCAAGGUGGUUCCGGAAUCGGAAAUGAAGUGUUGGUUGACCUACGCCGUCUCGGAAAUGAAACGGAUGGCCACUGAUCCCAACUGGAUGGCAACGGGAGAUCUAGAAGAGUAUGAUGAUCUUGCCACACUUCAGGCCCGGAAAGGUCGCAACAAUCGGAUGCCGUCACAAUACAUCUCGCUAUUGGUUGUUCGCAUUGUUUUCUCUGCAUACAACAUCGCGAGAAUGAGAUUUGAUAGCAAUUGGAACGAAGAGAAGGUUUUCAAGAAGUUUGAGUCUUCUGGAAUCCUGGAACAGUUCCUCCGGUGCGCUACAUUUGUCGACGACAAUCGCGGUUUGGUCCAAUUUCUCAAUCAGCUCCAGUCUUGUGUAAACUUUCUGCAUAAGAAGUUCGAGAAGGGCAAGCCAUGUGGUGAUGUUCUGAUUGCUAUUCUUGAAGGGAAAGACGGAAGUCGAGUGAAGCGGCCUGCUGUCUUGAACCAACUUGAGGCGAUUUCCAGGGUUGUCGAAGCAAUAAAUAUCUCCAAGAAGGAGAAGAAGACCAAGAUGACGAAGAUGUGUCGCCAUUGCGGCAAUUCAGAUCCAUCGGACGCUUUUCAAGAUUCUCUAAAGUCAUGUGCUCGAUGCAAAAACGCCUGUUACUGUUCCAAAGAAUGCCAAAGAGCUGACUGGAAGAUUCACAAAACGACUUGUCUACCUGCGGCCCCAAAGCCGGAAAUGAAACAGGUUGAUAAUAUGGAACGAAUUCUGUCAAACUUUGCUCGCAAGUACUACGUAUUAAUCAUGGCCAAAAUGGUCGAAGCGUGCAAGGGGACAGAUUUGAAGAAGAAGGAUGUACUCAUUGAGCUCGACUACACUGCCAACAAGCAUGGGAUAGUUCCAGCUAUGCAAGAGCCUCCAGUCUUUGCGAUCGUACCUAUACGGCACUACAUUGAUGGGUCCCGAACCAAUUGGUUUGGGAGAGGUCAUGACAAUGACCCACAAUUCCGUCAACAGAUGAUUGCUGUGAUGCGAGACAACCUCCAAAAGAUGAAAUCGUGGCACCUAAUGUUUUUUGUCAACUUUAAUGGAACCACGACAUGCGGUAAACUGGACAUUGAACGAAUGUAUACUGGCGAGGUAUUUGACGGCUUUCACAGUGCCAUUGUCGACCGGGACUUGGGGCCUCUCAGGCGCAUUAUGCGUCCAGAGUAUUUUGAAUUUGUUCAAGGAUUUAUGCUGCUCAAUUACGGGAUUGGAGAAAUGGGUGCAAACCAAACGGAGCGAUUUUGGACCAAAUUUGCAUCUACCAAGUGA